UUCCAGACGGCAGGAGGUCGGUUUGUUUUGGCCGUGUCCGUGUCUCGGCUCCGUGGUUCGGUUCGGUUCUGUGUGUGUGUGUCGGUGCUCGGGGAGGUUCGGUUCGGUUCGGUUCGGACUCGUCUGCGGAUCCGCGCGUCGCCGUCGUCAUGUUCGAGCAUCUGAAGGAGCGACUCCAGUCCGUCCAGCACGACUUCACCACCGGGUUCAAGACUCUGGGGGAAAAGUCCAAAGAGUCUAAAGUGGUGAAGAAGCCGAGGCAGGAAGAACGACUCCUGCAGUUCAGCGCCGGACUACACAUACUGCACAGGUUUGAGGACGGCUGGUACCAACUGCACCGGAAAACCAAGGACUGUGCUCAGGCGGCUCAGCAGGUGGACGGGGACGUGGUGAUGCUCUCGGCUCUGUGGGACAAACGCAGGAGCGCCCUGACCCAACUGGAGGAACAGCUGCAGGGUCUGCCCACCCUCAUCACCGAGCUGGGCACCAUCACCUCCAGCCUGGCUCAGUUGGAGGGCGACUUUGAGGAGAUGGAGAGCCGGAUGGUUUAUCUGGAGACUCUUUGCUGUCAGUGUGAACAACAAACCAUCAAACAGCAUCACCUGAAGGAACUCGAGAGCUACAAGCAGAAGAAGAGGAAAGAACUCCACACAUUUGAAAUGGAGCUGAACUCGGAACACGCGCUGAAAGUGUCUCACAUGGAGCAGCGGGUGCAGCAGAAGCUGAAGCAGAAGCAGAAGGAGUACGAGGAGGCCUUCCACCAGGACACCUGGACACCACACACCAGCACCACACACCACCUGCACCAACACCACCUGCACCAACACCUGCCAACACCCACCAACACCAGCACCAACACCAGCACCAACACCAGCACCAGCACCAACACCAGCACCAACACCAGCACCACCACACCAGCACCACCUGCACCAACACCCACCAACACACCAACACCUCACCACACCAACACCAGCACCAGCACCAACACCAGCACCAACACCAGCACCAACACCAGCACCAACACCAGCACCAACACCACACAGCACCAACACCAGCACCACCACACCAACACCAGCACCAACACCACCACACCACACCAACACCACCACACCAAGCACAACACCACACCAGCACCUGCACCAACACCAACAACACCACCCUACAGAAGUGACUCUGACACUCAAGCGGCGCCCGCUGAUGUUUCAGAGCUGGACCACAUCACUGUGACCAACACCUCAGACCUUCAGGCUCUCGACGAGUUCCUCAACUCCUCCAGUGAAGACCUGAGCUCCCCCUGUGCGGACCUGAGCUCCCCCAGCGCAGACCUGAGCUCCCCCAGCGCAGACCUGAGCUCCAGGACCUCGCUGGGGUCAGGCACAGAGGAGACGUGCUCCCCGGGCCGUGCGUCCGUGGACCAGCGUGAGGAGGAGGAAGACGAGGACGAGGAGGAGCAGAGCAGUGAGACGGACUCGGAGGCUCCUGUGGUGGAGGAGGAUCACGAGGAGGUUCUACCAGACCCUGCACUGUAACACCUCAGAACCACCUCAGAACCUGUCAGACUCUGAAACCCCCCGACCCGACUGGACUCCCGUUUGAAAGGAGAAACUUGAAGCUUUUGGUGGGAUUUAAAAUGAAACUAUCAGACGUUUUGUUUCUUUAAUCUACAAUAUUAAAAUGGUAUAAAAAGGUUGAAUCAUAUUUAAAGGUCCUGAGGCCGUGUGCUGCCUGCGUCUGAUUAUAAAGCCGAUUGUUGUCCGAUAAUCAGGAAGCGCACCUUAGCAUGCCAGUUUUUGUUUAAAGUCCUGGUAAAACCUUGAUCCAGUCGUUUCGUGUGUUUUUAAACACAUUUAACAGCACUAAACCUAAAAACGAACCAGGAUCUUUUCUGUUUUUUAUAAGUUUUUUUUAACUAAUUGAUACUAAAACAAGCACAGGAAAAAAGUACAAUAAUUUAAUGUUAAAAAUCACAUUCUAUUCUAACGAUAAAGUGUUUUUUAAAUUAUCAUGUGGUAUUGGAAUUAAAGUGUAGAUCAGGCUGAUUUUUUUCUGUCCGAAACCGGCCCCUGGUCCCACAGACAUAGAGAGAUAUUAAUAAUAAUAAUAAUAAUAAUAAUAAUAAUGCAUCAGUUUUAUACAGCGCUUUUCUGGACACUUAAAGAUGCUGCACCAUCUCACACACACACAACACUUUCAUAUCAAUGUGGGUGAAGUGUCUUGCCUAAUGACACAACGACAGUUUUUGCUCUGGCGCCUCCUGUGGCUCCUGGUUUUUCCAGUCCUGCCCAGACCCGACUGGACCCUGCAGAGCUCCUGAGACCUGACAGGACCAGACUCUGACAAACUGCUCUGGCCUCACAAAUGAUUAUGUGAUAUCGAGUUUGGAUCGGGUCGAUUAUUCUGUCCAAGACCUGUACAAGUCCAAACCGAGUCCGACAGACAUCAAUAGUUUGUGAUAUAUUUUAGAUAUUUGUGAUAUUUGUGUCCGAGUCCGACCGAAACCGACACAAUUAAAAUCACUAUUUUCAUCGAUCUAAUGACACACGGAGGAUAUUGUUUGUGUGGAAAGUCUGAUUUUAUGAAUCAACUGAAAAAACACAUUGAGAACGUCCACAGAGAUGAGCUGCAUCCAGGCGGGUGUCACCCAGUGCCUCUGCUCAGUUUCAUUUCUCUCUGGCUGUAGGUGAAGAAUCAGAAAACACUAGAAGAAUUUCAUCGAUUAACGUAAUCGAUGAAAUUCUUAAUGAUCAAUUAUUGAUUAAUCGACUAAUCCUGCCCAUCCCUAUAUCACAGUGGUGUUGUUUUUUUUUAUUUGCAUGUGGUAUUGGAAUUAGAGUGUGGAUCAGGCCAAUUUAUUUAUUUUUUUGUCCAAGACCGUCCCUCGUUUGAACCCAAACCCCGAUGGGCAAUAAUAUAUUUGUGUCCGAGUCCGUCCAAACCCGACA